AUGAAAUCGAAAGUGAGCCAGCAGAACCGGCUCUUGAGGAUCAUCGCGGUUCCGGUUCGGGCCCUGAGCAGGGCCAGGGAUUUCUACGUGAGGAGCCUGUCGGACUACGCGGACAAGAUGAACUACGGCAGCGCCAUGGCGAUCCCGGUGACAUCGCAAGUGACGUCGCUGCCGAGGAGCUUCAGCGUCAGCUCGGGCAGGUCUGAGGUCGAGCCGGAUCUGGUUCGGGCCUCGUCGACCCGGAGCAUGGGUGAUCGGGCCGAGGUGGAAUCGUUCAUCAAGCAGCAGAUGAAGAUGAGGGCGGGGCCGGCUGCAGGGGCCCGGACUGGCCCGCAUGGGAUGCCACCGAGGAGCAGCAGUGUUGCGAUGGGGAGGAUCGACGAAGAUAGGGCGUGUGUCUAUUUUGGGGAAGAAGAUGGUAGUGGUUUUGCUAGUACCAAGUUUCCAAGAAGCAGAAGCCAUGCUGUCUCUGCAAGAAGAUUGCAAGCCUUUUGA